GUUAAAAUUUUUUAAAAAAUUCAAUGCAGAGGGUUGUACAACAGCCAAAAGGCAUCAGGCUUCCUGUACAAUAGCCUCUGCCGACUCAGCCUGGUAGAGGGAUACACAAACCAGACAAAGAGUUUUACAAGAUCUAGUAAUGAUCUGAGGAAGAGGUUGUGUUUUAUAUCUUUCCAGAAGGAGCAGCCUCUGCCUCCCUCCUGGGAGGCCGAGUUAGCACACCUGACCAGUGCCCGUCUGCAGCAGAUGUGCAGCCCUGAGCUGGAACCACCUGUCCAUUGGAAGGAUUACAUGUGCCUCCUUUUUGUCUGUCCAUGUGUCCCAGCUUUGCCCCACAUCUCCUUUCCUUUUUCCUUUUUUUUAAAUCUGACUACUUGUUUGCUGGUUUUUUGGCCUUUCUCCUUCUCUCCUGAACACAGCCUUUUCUAGAAUCUCCCUACCCUACUGUUCCAGGAAGGGCACCUACAUUUUCUACCGUGACUAGGGGGUGUCUGGUAUAUGCCCCAUACGUGGAGUUUUCUUGUGCCAAGAGCCUGACAUCCUGGGCUGAGAAAGCCCUGUUCUGGGACUCUCCUUUGUCCUGUAUUGGCCCCUCUUGCCCUUGUGUCAAGAGGGACCCUCUUCUCACAAUCCAAUUGCCCACAGCUGUUGCCUGAGCUCUCUGUUCUUGCUGAGGUCUUGGUGGCUGAUACCAUGAAUCUGUCUCUCGCCCAAGGCGUGAGCUGGGCCCUCUCUGGAGAAGAAACCUGGGUUCCCCAAGAUAUGUGAUCAAUGCCGGGGCCCUGCCAGCUGGCGAGGGGAUCCCAAGGCAGUUGCUGGGCGUGGAGGCCACAGGGGCAUAGGCUACCAAGGAGACUGAACUGAACCUCACAUCACCCUGCUUGACCCCAGAGGAUGGCCGAUUAGCCAAAGAUGGUGUCACCAAAAACUCAAGCCAAAGGCUAGGGAUGCAGUAUCAAAAGCUAGGAGACAUUUCUGGAAAGAAAUGGAGAAGCCGUGGGAGCUGCUCUCUGUCAUGAAAAGCCAGGGCUGGCUUCCUCAGGAGGGAAGUGUGCGGAGGCUCCUGUGUGCAGAUCCCUGCUGCCAAAUCUGUAAUGCCAUGGCUCUGGAGAUCCAACAGUUGCUGGUGGAUGAGAACACCCCGAUCUCUGCAACUUCACCAGGACCAUCAGAGGGCUCUCCUUGCCUAAAGAUUUUGCCCAAGUCCAAUAUGUCUUUUGAGCAGAGUCUGGAGCAUCAUUCCCCACAGACUCAAAAGCCCUCACUUCCAUCUGCAACCCAAACAGUGUCACAAUUAACAGCCAAGAAGUCCUUAUGCCGGCCAUUUACCCAGUCAGCUGGCCAAUCAGACGAUCCAGUGAGUAUGCAAGAUUACUUGGCUAAAAAUGUCAAUCUAGGACAGAGAAUUCAAAGUCAAGAUAUGCCUAGGUUGCAUGAGACUAUGUCUUCUUUACAGUUCGAAGGGCCUAGAAUUCCGAUGAACCAGCAGGAGGUGACACGACACAAUCUCAACCGUGUGUAUGGGAACCAAGGUCAGCCACCCUUGCAUCCCCAGGUCCCUAUGCUGACCCUGAGCCAAGACAUGACUACCCUGACACAUUCUAUGGCCUUGCCUAUGGUCACUAUCCUCCCUUCCUACCUGCCAUUCUCCAGUCCUGAAGUCCUGAGGCUUCUUGAGGUACAUGUAAAAAAAUGGAUGCAUUUCCAGAGGUGGGGCCUGCCCAGACGUGUAGAGGAAUCCCUGAGGCAGCUUAUGCCAAACCUACCAUUGUUUUACCAACUUGUAAACAAACAACCAGCUUCUUUCAUACAAAAUGAAUUCUCUGUAGAGAUUUUUGCGCCCAUUUCUUAUCAGACCUGGGGUCCGUGUAUGGCUGGCCAGGCUACCCAGGCAUUCUGGGUUUCUGAAUGGUCCAUUAUAAACCCAGUACAAAGACACCACUACCAGCAAAACCCAAACCACCUGGCUCUAGCCUUGCCCUCUCCAAUAUUUAAAGACUUAAGUGGCCUCUACCCACUUACUGGCCAACAGGCUAAUGACUCAGUGGGCCAUUUACAGCAGAAAUACAUCCAACUAUUCUGUGGCUUACCUUCCCUGCACAGUGAGUCUCUGGUUAAUGCCUCCUUGAGUUCUCUGGAUCACUCCACAGAUGGGAGCAUGUCCAAGCUCUCCUUGGAGGAUCCUUUUCUCUUCAAGGAGCUGUCCUUCCUCCCUCUAUUGCCUAAAACUCCACCCCAGUCAGCCCCACCCUCUUCCUCAUCUUCCCCUAAUUGGGUCAUACCAUCUGAUCAUCAACAAACGCAGAUCCAUGUCCCGUUUCUGACUCUGGCUGAGUGUGAAGCCUUAGAGUAUCACCUGCUGCAGAGGCAGCUCCAGCGUCAGUGGGGUUUGCCAGCUGUUCUCCAGAGAGCUCAGCACACCCAGAACUCUGUGCAAUAUAAGUCUUGUGGCACGGCCCAGUCUCCUCGGACUGUGAAAACUUCCUGGCCGGGAAAGCCCAUUUCUGUUCUCACAAGGGAGCAUGCCCGGAGGCUGCUGGACUUCCACCUCCAGAGGCAGCUGAUUCACCAUCGCUGGGGCCUGCCCCAGAUGAUCCAGCAGUCCUUCCAGUUGCUCCUGGCCCCCACUCACCAGCAGACUCCAUCCUGGAGCAGCACAGCCCUAGCCAAUGUGAGUGUUGCCCAACAUUCAGCCCUAGAGGCUACUGGUGCUGAUGACCCUUUCUCACCCUCUAAGGACCCAGUGUCAGUCCUCAUGCCACACUUAUUAGACCAGGUCAAGGCGAUACUGCAGAGCCACAUCAACUCCAAAUGUGGGCAGAUUCAUGAGGGUAAGGUCCCUGCCCAUGUGUCUAGGUCUUGUGAGUGCCUAAUUCCUGGGGGCCUCAAAGUGGCUCCCUUUACUUGCACCCCAGAAAGCAAGCUCUUGGAACUACAGGCAGCAACCGACCCUGACCUACAACAGAAAGUUAGGCGCUGGAUGCCAACAGUCCCUGAUCAGCAGCAAGAGACCUUCCCAGAUGCUGCCACUGAGCCUCGCAAGCUAACUCGAGCCCUGUCCAAGGAAGUCCUUGAGAAACUGGAGAUGAUUUUACGGCACAAGUAUCUGACCUUCUUAUCAGGGCUGAAUCCUCUUUAUUACGUGGCUCCCUCCAAGGCCAUGGCCCCAGCGAUCACUGCUCAUGCUGCCACCACAGAAGUGGUGCCUGAGGCUGUCAAAAUCUUAACAGAACCUCUGACUCAGAUGAUCUCACUUGAAGAGCAGUAUCUAAGUCGUGAGCCAUUUUUUCAGGAUACCAAAGAGACUUGUGAAGAAAUUGCAGGUGAUUUUCAGUCUGAAGUGCAAGUGGAAGGAAUGAUUGAGAUGGAGCCUCUAGAAAGGCAGACAGAGACGGCUCGGCCCUACUUAUUCAAGAAGCCCAUCUUGGCCAAACUAAAUUUCCACCUGAGAAGGAAGGUCUUAGAGAUACAAUGGGGAAUUCCCACAGAGGCGAGGGAGUCCAGGGAACAAACUGGAGCAACCCCAGAGAACACAUCCACACAGGAGUCUCUUGGGAGUCUAAACAACCAAGGGAAAACAUGCCUCCAGGAACUGCCCAUCCCACCAGACAUUCCCUGUGCCCCACAUCCAGAGUGGCUCUGCCUUAAGGAACAGUUGUCCACUGAGUUAAAGGCAGUGCAGCAGAACCAGAAGCAACCUAGUUCCAGAGCAGCACCCCAUGGUUCUGCUCAUGAGCCCUGCAAGAUGACUCAACCCUGUAGAGACAUGACAGAGGGCCCAGUGCCUUGUGUUCAGCUGGAGGCCAGUGUGAACCACCCCAGCCUGGAGGAGUCCCAGAUCCCUGAUUCCCAAAGCCCUGGCAAGAGCAUGUACUCAGCCCCAGUCCCCAUGCUGACUGAAAAGAAAGAAGACCCAAGGAAACCCAAAUCGUCAGGAAAACAUAGAGAAGAAGAUGCAGGGUUUGUGCUCUUCUCAACAAGAGAAAAAAGCCACCCUGUAGCCCAGAGGCCACAAGGGAUGCUUCUGAACAGGACACCCCAAAGCCCCUGGCUACGGAGACAUGGCUUUCGCCUUGAUGCUCUCUGUCAACAGAGUUCCCAGCAUCACCCUCAGCUUAAGCCCUCAGAGCUCCUUCCAGGAGUCCCUGGAGGAAAGGAAUCUAAGAAGAAUGACCCGCAAGACAGUCAAACCAGGAUCAAUGUCAGCCUCAAGGGAGCAAGGAUUCCUAAGAAUGCCCAGCCUGUCGGGCCCCAGGCGUCACAGGCCCAGCCUGUCCUGGCCCAACUCAUUCAGCAUAAGCCAUUACAGGGCCCAACUUUGCAAGGUCAGGUAUUGCAGGGGCAGGUGAUGCCAGACCAUACUCACAAGAGGCCCAGCCUUCCAGAAUCAGACUUGAGAUAUAAGAUGAAAUCCUUUCUGCAGUAUAUCAACCUCAAGGCAAAAGGCAAAGAGCACAAGGAAUCCAUGUUUUUGACAGCUGUGAAAGUGGCCAACACCAGAAAAGAAAGUGCAGCAAAGAGGCUGGCUCCAGCCAAAAGUCCCAUAGAGCAAACUAAGACAGAGAAGAAGAUAAGAGGGGACCCCAAAACCCCAUCUCCCCCAACUGAGAAGCAGGUGGGCCUGGCCUCCUUGGACGGCUCCCAUUCCCCAAACAGUAAGCUCAGGCACCGCUCCUGCUCCCAUCAACUCCAGUCUUCCUCAGGCUUAGGACACCCCCGUCAUUGUCCUCGGCACUGUCCUCAAGUGGCUUGUGCCACCCAACCAGGAUCCCACCCCAAUUCUCAACUCUCACCUCAGAGGGAAAUGUUGGCCUGCUCAGGAAGACCCAGCACAAUCAAAGGACUUUGUAGGCUCCCCCAUGUCUGCAUCCCUUGAAGGGAUAAGUAUUGUCUUUGUCCUUAAUAUGCAGGUGGGGCACCGGACCACCCAAAAUACAGUCUAUAUCUUUAAGCAAAGAGUUGUCUGUCUGCUCAUUACCUCCACUGUUGUUUGUUAAGGGAAGUCAUGAGUGAGGCUAAAAUGCCCUUUGUAAUGUUAACGUAAAAAAACCAUUGAAACCUGUAAAAAAAUUUUGUGAGUUUAUUUGAGCCAAACUGUCGACAUAUGCCGGGAAGCAGAACC